GUUUCCAUGGCGACGAGGACUCCCACGCUUCAACGGCUUAGCAACUGUCCUGUCCCAAGACUUUGGUACCCGCCGGUGGACUCUGUGGUCCUAAGUGUUUCAGUUUCCCGUAUUCCGACUGAUUCCUGAAACCAGAGGAAUCUUGGCCCCUGGCAUGGGUGACCUGGAGUUGCUGCUGCCUGGGGAGGCGGAGGUGCUGGUGCGGGGACUGUGCAGCUUCCAGCUUCGGGAGAUGGGAUCUGAAGGGUGAGGCAGCUGCAACAGGGGGAGUCACCUGGUUGUUUAGUGGAGGAGCUUGAAACUGACAUUGGAGAAGGGGUUAUUAGUGUGGAGGGGUCUCCAGGUGGAAUAAACAGCAUGAGAACCUGGAGAAGCUGAACAUGCAGGCCAUCCUUGAUGCAACUGUCAGCCAGGCUGAGCCCAUCCAGGAACUGCUGGUCACCCAUGGGAAGAUCCCAACGCUGGUGGAGGAGCUGAUCGCGGUGGAGAUGUGGAAACAGAAGGUCUUCCCCGUGCUGUGCCGGCUGGAGGACUUCAAGCCUCAGAACACCUUCCCCAUAUACAUGGUGGUACAUCAUGAGGCUUCCAUCAUCAAUCUCCUAGAGACGGUGUUCUUCCACAAGGAGGUGUGUGAGUCUGCAGAUGACCAGGUCUUGGACCUAGUAGACUAUUGCCACCGCAAGCUGAUACUGCUAGUGGCCCGGAAAGGCGGUGGUGACCUGUCUGAAGAAGAACGGUCCCUGGACAGUACCCCUAUGCAAGAGCUGCAGAAGCAGGCAGAGAUGAUGGAAUUUGAGAUCUCCCUGAAAGCCCUCUCCGUGCUUCGCUACAUCACAGAUUGCGUGGAUAGCCUUUCCCUGAGCACACUGAACCGAAUGCUUACAACUCACAACUUGCCCUGCCUCCUGGUGGAACUGCUGGAACACAGUCCCUGGAGACGGCGAGAAGGAGGCAAGCUGCAGCAUUUUGAGAGUGGCCGAUGGCAGACAGUGGCCCCUUCAGAGCAGCAAAAGCUGAACAAGCUGGAUGGGCAAGUAUGGAUCGCCCUGUACAAUCUACUGCUCAGCCCUGAGGCCCGAGCCCGGUACUGCCUUACAAGCUUUGCCAAGGGACAGCUGCUUAAGCUUCAGGCCUUCCUCACUGACACGCUGCUUGACCAGCUGCCCAACCUUGCUGAUCUGAAGGGUUUCCUGGCCCACCUGUCCCUGGUUGAAACCCAGCCCCCUAAGAAGGACCUAGUGUUAGAACAGAUCCCGGAAAUCUGGGAUCGGCUGGAGCGAGAGAACAGAGGCAAGUGGCAGGCUAUUGCCAAGCACCAGCUUCAGCAUGUCUUCAGCCUCUCCGAGAAGGAUCUUCGUCAACAAGCACAGAGGUGGGCUGAAACCUACAGGCUGGAUGUCCUAGAGGCAGUAGCUCCGGAGAGGCCUCGCUGUGCCUACUGCAAUGCAGAGGCCUCCAAGCGCUGCUCCAGAUGCCAGAAUGCGUGGUAUUGCUGCAGAGAUUGUCAAGUCAAGCACUGGGAGAAGCACGGAAAGACAUGUGUUCUAGCAGCCCAAGGUGACAGAGCCAAGUGAAGGCUGUAGCUGCUGAAAGCCGUCAGAAGAGCACACCCAGAAUGUGACUCUGAGCUUCAGGGAUUCUUGCCUGGCCCCUGUCAGACCUCAAUUUCCCUGGUGAGGAGCACAGCUGAGUCAAGUAGAGCUGCAAACCACUACACACAAGCGAAGGCUCUUCACUUCCUGCCCCACCCAGAGAAUACGUAGAGGACCAGGCCACAGCAUCAGCAAACUGGCAGACAGAAUGGGGGGUGGGAGGGCGCCGGUGGUAAGCAAGGGCCGGAUGUGGAGACCCUCUUCCUUUCUCACAAUAAAGAGGACUCAUGAAACGCA